AUGUUUAUAUAAUAUUUUUUUAUUUAAUUUGUUGUAUUUUUAUUUAUUAUUAUAAAAAUAAAAAUAUUAAUGAUAAAAAUUAACUUUUAAUUUUAGAAAAUUGCAUAUAUUAAAAAAUUAAAAUAUUUUUGUUAUUUUUACGUUUAAUAAUAUAUAAAGAUUAUUUAUUCUCAUUCAAAUUACAUAAAACAAAAAAUACAUAAAGUAUUGAAUAAAAUGCUUAAUGAUAAUUUCUUUUUUUCUAGAAACUUUUUAAAUAUAAUUAAAUAAGAAUAAGGUUAUAAAAUAAAUAAAAAUAUAAAAUCAAUAAAUUCAAAAUUGAAAAAAAAAAAAAAAACUAAAACUUAUAUAAAUAUUUAUAAAGAAACUUUUUAUAUUGAAAUAAGAAAUGGAGUUUAUGAAGGCCAAUUAUAUUAAAAUAAAAGAUAAGGUAAAGGAAUAUUUAUAUGGGAUGAUUCAUCAGUUUAUGUAGGAGAAUGGUUUAAUGAUUUAUGUCAUGGCGAAGGCAUAUUGUUCUUAAAAAAUGGUUGUACUUUAUAUGGAUAAUUCGAUUAUGGAAAUUUAAAUGGCAAAACAAUUAUAAAAUUUGCAAAUAAUAAUAUGAUUUUUGGUAUUUUUCGUUAAAAUUAAUUGAAAGGAAUUUCUUUUUUUUAUAACUAAAAUAAUUAAGAAUGGAAAAUGAAUAAUUUUAUAAGAUAAUCUAAUUAAAAAUUUAGGUUAUUUUAAGGUUAUAUAAUAAAUAUAUAUAGACUUUACUUAUAUGAAUUUUAUUUAUUUUUAAAAAAGAAUUCUUUAAUGCAUGGAUUAGGUAGAGUUUAUAGUGAAAACGGACUUAUAUAUGAUGGAUAAUUCGAAAAUGGACAUUUAAAUGGAAAAGGUUAUUUAUAUAAUAGUACAAAUGACAUAUUUUAUGAAGGAUUUUUCUAUGAGAAUGAAUGUAAUAAAUUAACAUAAAAGACUUUGGGUUUUAACUAAUAAAAUAUAUAUUAAUGGAAAUUGUAAGAACAUAAAUAAAGUAUUUGCUUUCAAAAUAAAAUAAUUGUCUUAUAGAUUUCUUAAAUAUUAUGCGGAGAAUUAAAUUAUAUAUAAAAUAAUAACUAAAUAGAUAAAAUAUUUGAUAUAAACAAUAAUUCGUUUUCUUGUUCUAAAAUAUUUUUUAAUGAUGAUAAUCCUUUUAAUUAAUUUAUACAAUAAAGUAUUUAACAUUAUUAAAAUGCAAAAUUUAAUUUUUUUUGUGAUUUAAAUAGUAAUUAAUUUCAUAACUUUAUUGAAAAUAAUAUAAGUAAAAGCCAAAAUUUGCUUUCUGAAAUAAAUUAUUCUGAAAUUAUUGCUAAGUAACCUAAAUUAAUAGAAACAAAUGAAAUUCUACAAAGCACUUUAGAAAGCUCUAGAUGUAAGAAAAGUAUAAUUUUUAAUUCAAAUAUAGUUAAAGGAAACUAAAUAAAAUCAAAAUCAAACCAAUAUUCCAAUUUUAAAAACUUAUGUAAUAAAUAAUAGUAAUAAUAAAAUAUAAACUUAUAAAAAAUCAGUGAUAAAAGCAAUAUGUAAGUAUUACAAAAAUAUUAAUUCUAAAAUUAAGAUUUUAAUUAAUUAAAUAAUAAUCAACUUGAAACUGAAAUUUAAAAAAAAAUAUAAAAUGAUAAUAAUAAUUCAAAUUAAUAACGAUAAUUUAAAAGUAAAGUUUUUAGAAAAGAUUAAAAAAGUAAUAAUACAUUUAAAGAAAAACUUUAAGAAGUCUAUAUAAAAUUACCAAGUUCGUUUGUAUAAUGA